AUGACUGACUCCAGCAGAUGCUUAAAAGGUAUUAAUUGGUGCAAUCUCUAAUUUGACGAAGACAAUAUGGUCUUAAAUUAUAAAUAAAAAAGAUUAUGCAAACUUCCUUUAAACAAAAUAUAAAACUCUACAGUAAAUAAAAAUGAUAUUGUUAUUGAUUUAAAUACAUUAGAUAUUAAAGAAGAUGAAGAUGUUCUUUGUGAAAUGAGAUUAUAUGUGCCUUUCCAAUAAGAAAAUUAAUCUAAAGAAUAAGAAAACGAAUAAAACGAAGCUGAAAAUCAAAAAGCUUCUAGAGCAGAUUAGUUAAAUUCUGAAAUAAUAUCAAAAGCUAAAAUAGGAUAAUAUUCUGGUGCUUCUAUUGUUAAAUUUGAAGAUCUUCCUUUAUUAGUACCUAGAGGAAAAUAUUCAUUAGAUAUGUUUUAAAAUUCAGCUAAAUUUCAUGGUUCUUCAUACAAUUAUAUUGUUGAAUAUAAAAAUAUAAUUAAAGCCUUUUUACUUCCUUUACCAGAUGAGGUAAAUAUAGCUUUCGUUUUAGGACUAGAAUAACCUCUAAAAUACGGAAAUACAGUUCAUUCAUCGAUUGUAAUGCAAUUUAGAAAAGAUAUAUAAUAAUAAGUAAAAGUGAAUUUAGACCCAGAAUUGAAAAAGCAAAGCAAUCUUAAGGAAUUAGAAGAAUAAUAUGAGGGACCAUUAUAUGAAAUAGUUGGAUAAAUUUUUAAGUAAUUGUGUUAAAUUCCAGUUAUUAUGCCCGGAGGCUUUUAAAGCUCUGAUGGUUAAUGCUGUGUAAAGUGUACUUUAAAAACUCAUUAAGGAAUGCUUUUUCCAAUGAAAAAAAGUUUGAUUUUUAUAUAUAAACCAGUAAUUCAUGUGACAUUAACUGAUAUAACAAAAGUCGAAUUUGAAAGAGUAGGAAAUGCUAGUUUAAAUAAACUUUUUGAUAUAAAAGUAUUUACAAAAUCUUCAAAUGCACAUUUUAUUGGUUUUGAAAGAAAAGAGUUGGAUAAAUUAUUGGAAUACUUUAAAUCUAAAAAUAUUUAAAUUAUAUGUGAUGAAAAUGGAUAAUCUAAUGCUUUUGAUGAUGAGGAUAUUUCAGAAUCAGAAUCACAUGAAGAAGAAGGGGAAGGAAAGGUACAAAGAAAAAGUGCUAAAAGAGCUAGUAAAGCUGUAAAAGGUCAAGCCGGUUUACCUUUAGAUGAUGACGAAGAGGAAGAUGAAGACUUUGAUGCUAACGAAUAUGAUGAUGACGAUGAUGAUGAUGAUGAUGACGAAGAUGACGAUGAAAACGAAGAAAAUUGA